AUGAUCUCCCCGAAGGACAAGGCCAAGGCGCCCAAGGACAGCAUGACGCUCCUCCCCUGCUUCUACUUCGUGGAGCUGCCCAUUGUGGCCUCCUCCAUCGUGACGCUGUACUUCCUGGAGCUGACCGACCUCUUCAAGCCGGCCAAGGUGGGCUUCCAGUGCUACGACCGGGCGCUCUCCAUGCCCUACGUGGAGACCAAUGAGGAGCUCAUCCCGCUGCUCAUGCUGCUCAGCCUGGCCUUCGCAGCCCCUGCUGCCUCGAUCAUGGUCGGGGAGGGCAUCGUGUACUGCCUGCAGUCCAGGCUGAAGGGACGCGCCGGUGCCGAGGGCAGCAUCAACGCCGGCGGCUGCAACUUCAACUCCUUCCUGCGCAGGACUGUAAGGUUUGUGGGCGUCCACGUGUUCGGGCUCUGUGCCACCGCCCUGGUGACGGAUGUGAUCCAGCUGGCUACCGGCUACCACGCGCCCUUCUUCCUGACCGUCUGCAAGCCGAACUACACUCUGCUGGGCACCCCCUGCGAUGCCAACCCCUACAUCACCCAGGACAUCUGCUCGGGCACGGACAAGCACGCCAUCCUGUCCGCCAGGAAGACGUUCCCGUCUCAGCACGCGACGCUGUCGGCGUUCGCUGCCGUCUACGUCUCGAUGUAUUUCAACUCCAUCAUCUCGGACAGCACCAAACUCCUCAAGCCCAUCCUGGUCUUCGCCUUCGCCAUCGCUGCCGGCAUCUGCGGCCUGACGCAGAUCACGCAGUACCGCAGCCACCCCGCCGAUGUCUACGUGGGCUUCCUGAUCGGCUCGGGCAUCGCCGCCUACCUGGCGUACCACGCCGUGGGCAACUUCCGUGCCCCCACGGAGAGGGCCCCGGCACCGGUGCCGGCCAAGGAUGCGCUGCGGGCGCUGACGCAGCGGGGCCACGACUCCGUGUACCACCAGAACAAGUCGGUGAGCACCGAUGAGCUGAACCCGCAGACGCGGCUGGAGGAGGCGGCGCGGCCGGUGCCGCGGGAGAAGAACUCCCUGGGCAGCCUGAAGCGCGCCAGCGUAGACGUGGACCUGCUGGCCCCCCGCAGCCCCAUGGCCAAGGAGAACAUGGUGACCUUCAGCAACACCCUGCCCCGCGUCAACACCCCCUCCAUGGACGACCCUGCGCGGCGCCACAUGACCAUCCACGUCCCCGUGGACGCCUCCCGCUCCAAGCAGCUCAUCACCGAGUGGAAGCAGAAGUCUCUGGAGGGCCGCAGCAUGACGCUGGCGGAGGAGGCGGGUGCGCUGGGCCGGGGUGCCGGGGACGCCGACGAGGACGUGCCCCCAUCCCUCUACCCCACGGUGCAGGCGCGCCCGGCCGAGCGGGCGACCAUGGGGCCCCGCGUCCUCAUCCAGCCCCGGCCGGGCGCCUCGCAGCUGGUGCACAUCCCCGAGGAGAGCCAGGCAGGCGCCGGCGGGGCGGCCGGCAGCGGGGCGGCCGUGCGGGCCAAGUGGGUGAUGGUGGCGGAGAAGGGGGGGGCGCAGCGGGUGGCCAACCCCCCGCGCCUCAUGCAGGUCAUCGCCAUGUCCAAGCAGCAGAGCAUGGUGUCCGUCACCCCCAAGCACUCGGAGACAUCCUCGUCCUCCACCAGCUCCGAUUCGUCGCAGUACCGCUCACCCUCCGAGCGGGACAGCUCCAGCAUCAUCACCAUCGACGCCCACGCGCCCCACCACCCCGUCGUCCACCUCUCCGCCGGCAACGGGCCCUGGGAGUGGAAGUCGGCCCAGAAGGGGCCGGAGGGGCCGGACGCCUACGAGCUGGGCGAGAUGGGCAAGGAUUUCCGGGGCUUCCGCCCGGCCAAGAGCGCUGGGGUGUCCCCCGGCUCCUCUGUCAGCGACAUCGAGCAGGAUGAGCCGCGCUAUGGCAGCCUGGCCACCAUCAACGUGGUGGCAGGGGGCGGCGGGGAGCGGGGGGAUGGCCCCCCCGAGGGGCUGCUGGGCACGGCCAGCCGGGAGUCCACGCUGCGGAGGAAGCCGGCCGAGAAGGAUGGGCACACGGACAGCGAGGCCGACAGCUACUACAGGAAAAUGCAAGCCAGCCGGAGGUUUAAGGACUGA